ACUGCUGUGCAUUUCUCUGAUAAGCGAUAGCCUCCUAAAUGCGUGCAUUGUGCACAAAACGCAAUCGCUGUCCUUUGAUUCGCCCAGAAGUUGCAGAAUGUGAAAAAAAGCAGCCCUAAAAGUGAAAUUUGGUUAAGAUGGCAGAGCGUCUUUCGGGAGAAAGGACACUGUGCGCCGGUUACAUUUCGACCUUAAAGCGUUGGUUCGGUUGUUUUAGUCAGUGUGGCGUUUGAGUCGAGCCUGCAUCUUGUCCGUUUCCGUGCUGUUUUUUUGCAGGACAUGGUUGUUGUGGGAAGUGUCAAUUUUUUUAAGAGGUGGGGAGGCCGGGCUAUUCAAACCUGCAAUUCGCCGUAAACAAUCAUUCAUGCCUUUGACAUGAUAAACACACCUUUGUGUGCGCGUCGGCUCGCUUCUUAUCCCCAACACCCUCCUCACGAUAAGAUGUUCAUUGCUCCUAAAUUUUUGGGGUCUGCAGAAUAUGGCGUCCCGCCUUAUAAAAAUAAGGCUGCCAUUUUUGUUUCUCUUUUGUCUGGAAAUGUUUAAAGAAAACUGUCUGAGAAUGUCUGAGUCGCACCGGGAGACUCGAUCCGUGAAACCCUCCAUCAGCGAUGGCAGAGCCUCGAUUUAACAACCCGUAUUUCUGGCCGCCCCCUCCAUCCAUGCCAGGCCAGCUGGAUAACCUGGUGCUCAUUAACAAGAUCAAGGAGCAGCUGAUGGCCGAGAAGAUCCGACCCCUGCACCUGCCGCCUACCUCCACUCCUUCCCAGCAGUCUUUGCUGGUGCCCACCUCGUCCCCGGACGGUAGCGCUCAGCACGUCAUGUCGGUGUCAAAGCCACAACAGGUGCAGGGCCAUCACCAGCAGCCGCAGGGUUCUGGACAACCGGACAUUGCUCUGCAUGCUCGCCCUGCCUCCAGCUCUGGACCAGGUACAGCCUUCACUUGGUUGGUUGUUGGCCCAGAUGGAAAUAUGGACGACAAGUCAGCAGUGAAGGCCAAAGGAUUGUGGGAAGACUGGCACAUGAGACAGCUCAGCGAGCAACAGGGCCGGCUCAACCAUCGCUCAGGUUUGGCUCCUUCAUCCCGACCCGACAGCCACAGCACCUCGGAGGCCCUGACCCCCACGACUCCAACCUCCAGCAGCCAGAACCGCCUGGGCGGUGCCCCCUCUGUGAACAUCAUCUCCGGGCUGGCUAGCGGUCCUGGCAUGGACCACAUGAAAGUUGGAGGCCUGGCUGGACUGUUGGGCCCCCCACCCAAGGCACCCCGGGGACGGAAGAAGAUCAAAGCUGAAAACCCGACUGGUCCUCUGCUGGUGGUGCCCUACCCCAUCCUAGCUGACCAAGGCUGUGUCACCGUGGCACCCAAAGAGGGCAAAACCUACAGAUGCAAAGUGUGCCCGCUCACCUUCUUAACCAAGUCCGAGAUGCAGAUUCACUCCAAGUCCCACACGGAGGCCAAACCCCACAAGUGUCCCCACUGCUCCAAGACGUUCGCCAACGCCUCCUACCUGUCCCAGCACCUGCGCAUCCACCUAGGGAUCAAACCCUACCACUGCUCCUACUGCGAGAACUCCUUCCGUCAGCUGUCACACCUGCAGCAGCACACCAGAAUCCACACUGGCGAUAGGCCUUAUAAAUGUGCUCACCCCGGAUGUGAAAAGGCUUUUACCCAGCUGUCUAACCUCCAGUCUCACCAGAGGCAGCACAAUAAAGACAAGCCGUAUAAAUGUCCUAACUGCUACCGUGCCUACUCGGACUCUGCAUCGUUGCAGAUCCACUUGUCAGCGCACGCCAUCAAAAACGCUAAGGCCUACUGCUGUAGCAUGUGUGGCCGGGCAUACACCUCAGAGACCUACCUUAUGAAGCACAUGUCCAAACAUACGGUGGUGGAGCACCUAGUGAGCCACCAGUCGCCUCAGAGAACCGAGUCCCCCAGCAUCCCCAUACGCAUCUCCCUCAUCUGAGCCCCCAGCCUCUCAGCAGCAGGUUGGAUUUAAAGUCUAUGUUAGGCUGGAGCUUAUGAGGCCCUGCACCCACAGCCAUCUACAUAAGGCUUACAUUAGCAUUAUGACAGCUGACAUAAGCAUUCAGUGCUAGAUUCAGUAAACAGGCUGCCUCCAUCCAUCUUGACACGGGCCGUCUGUCAAAAACGAGCACAGAGUUAUUUUGUGAAUGUAAAAAUACAGCUAGAUGUUGUCCGGAGGAUCAAGUGGAAAGAAUGUCUUGCGUCAGAUUUAAUAAGCACUUUCGUAAGCGUCAUGUAAACUGCCGGAUGCAUUGGCCAUCAGAAAUGUUUUAGUUAGGUUCCUUUUUUUUUUUUUUCUCUUUCCAUGAAAUGGGUUUCCAAAAUGUGCCAGAUGAUAUUUGCCCUUAUAAAGAAUUGAGAGAGUAGAAUUUUUUUUUUUGCUGGGUGUAUUCUGAAGACAUCCAAAGAAAUGUUUUAAGCACUUUUAGGCCUUGUGGUUUUGGCUCAAAUUGUUUCAAUCUUGUUGGAUGGAAAAUGCCAAAGGGCAUUACUUGUGGCAGCUAAGAGCACAGACUGUGUAUAAAUAACAGUCUUUUUCCUGUUACUUUCUUUGUUUUUACUCACAUUUUUUGUGAAAGUACUCAUUGACAGGGUCAUCUAAAUUUGAAGAAAGGCAAUCGGUAGAUGACAAUUUAAACAUUUAAUGAUUGUAUUAAGAUGUUGCAUUAUUGACUUUGGGAGGCAAAAAGUAGAGCAACAUGCAAGGGAAGAAGGAUGAAUGUUUUUCUUAGUUUAAAAUCUUUCACUCCAUAUUUGACAUUUACCUUCACGGCACCUUUAUGAUCAUAACAUUAUGGCACCUUUAUGAUCAUAACAUAUGAUCAAAGAAACACUGCUUUUUACAUUACCGUAAAUUCUCAAAUAGUGGCUGAGGCCUUUAUUCACCUCAGCUGCAGAGGGCACCAUGAUGAAUCUUUCUGACUGCAUUAUGUUGUUGAUACAACACUCAACACUUCCUGCAUCCAUUUCAAAUUAAAGGCGGCCAUACCAUGUAAACCAUUGCAGCGGUAAUAUCUCAAUCAUCAUUAUUAAAAUGUCAGUAUAGCAUCAGCUUAUUCAUUUAUAGAGCUCAUAUUGAAACAGACUUUUAACAACUUCACAAUUCAGCAUAAAAUGAUGGUAAACUGUCAUUAGCAGAGGGAUCGAUGGCAGAAGAAGUUUAGAAAGGAGUUGAGAUUCUACAGAUUGCGAUGCCGAGUGCAAAAAUAACACAAUCAGUAAAAUUGGCAAACAACCUAAAAACAAGGUUUUAUUAUAAGGUUAUGUUCCUCACCCUAUUUUUUUAUCUCCUCAUCAUAUCACCUGCAGCCAUCUCUAGAUAACUGUGUGUAUGGUCUGAAGUAUGCCUGAGGUGCACUUUCUCCAGUAACCAGUUAGUGUGUAAGAAAUGGCUCAUGCUUAGUUUUUGUAGGUUCACGUCAUUUAUACAUGUGGCUCCAGGAAUCUAUCCACCCGUGUUUGUUUUUUUUCUUCCAGCCUGUAUUUGGGGCCUGUAUUUGUCCAUGGCGACCACACCCCCAGCUUCUAUUUAAGAAUUUACGGUAUGUUUUCCACACGUCCCAUUUUAACUAGUGCCAUAUAUAAACCUUGUUGAGGUUUUAAUAGAAAGCUGAACUUGUUACAGUGCGUGUCUGCUUUCUCCACUCAGUUAAGCUUUGACUAUUAGUUAUUAUAAGUAUUAGAGGUUGAAUACAUUGCACAUGUAUCAGUGCCAGCUCUACUCUACUCAGCCCUACUUUUAAACACACUCAAGCGGAAAUUAGAUUUUACUUGAGUGGUCAAUUUUAAACCCAAACUUUGGACCAAAAUGUGAAGUUAUUGUACAGCUACUCUGACCCAGUUAAGUAUUUAAAAAAAAAACUUUAAUAAGCUUUAUCCAUUUGGAAUAAACUGCAGUAUAAGUCAUAUUCCAUAUGCUUAUGAUAUGAGUUGAUGCUUCUCUUUUUUUAAUGUUUUUUUCUUUUCUCCUUAGUAUUGUUUUUAUUGUACACGGUAUUGUUUGUUGUAUUUUUACUGUAACUUUUAACCUCUGGAUGGUACUAAUAGAGUACCCUGUAUUCUUCAGGGCACUUCAGAAAAGGUGCUACGGCUAGACAUUAUGUUUGAGAUGGAACUGAGAAUAAUGUAAAAUACAUAUACAGUAUAUAGUAUGUUUUCAAAAGAAUAAAAAAAACUUAUUACUCAAGCCACUGGCCGGAAAACAGACAUUUACGCCAACAACAGACCCUGCCUCCUCAACUUACUCUCUCUUUUGAGAUAAUGGGAAAAUGUACAUGUUGCUGUACUGUAAAACAUGUUACUCAUUUAUAGUACCUAUUUUUUAGUUUUCAUAAACAUGCUCUGUUUGGGUUUUGUAAAGGUUUAUGUAUGAACUUACUGUAAUUAUUUUAGUUACCCAUAUGUUAUUAAUAUCCAUGUUUUAUAUCAGUUAAUUACAUGUACGCCUUAACUGUUUUAUCAUCCCAUUUCCAUUACUCUGUAUUGUGUUCUGCAGUAUUCAGUCGUGUAAACAUUUUCAUUUUUUCCUUCCGCAUGGAGUUCCUGAGCUGUAAUCUGUAUGAUAACUGUUUAACCCAUGUUCUCUAUGAAAAGAUAUUGCGUAGAUUUAUUACACUUUUUCCUGUCUUGCAUUGUGGUUUCAUAUACAGUUUCUAGACAACUAAAUAUGCACAGCCAAGACUGAGAAGUUAAACUAAGGUUAUCAAUGUUUAAAAAAAAAAAAAGGAAAAAAAGCUUUGUAUCUUUACCUUGUUUAAUAAACAGACUGUUAUAAAUUCA